AAAACCUAACGGACUGGAUAUGAGACCAAUACAGGGAUUAACCUGUAAUAUUUCUCAACGUUGUCUGUCUUUAUCCGGCAGCUAUAUACUUGAAACAAGGGGAACAGCUUUGAGUUGAGAAUCCAUCUUGUUUUGGCUGGAUGGAAAUGGCAAUUCAGCAAUCGAAGUUCUUCCUCUUCCUCAUUACUUUCAUCGUCAUUUACAUCAUCAUCAUCACCACUCUGAGAGCACCCGGGACAAACAAGUCUGUCCCUAAGCCAUGUGGACCUCCAAAGAUAUGCCCUGGUCACUUCUCUGAGCAGACCAUCACCCCCCUCACCAACACCAAGCACUUGCUGGUGUCAGCCUUCAUGGACCAAAGAGUGAAUGGUUUGGAUAUACGCAUCAUUGGUAUAUUCAGGAGAGACUCCAUCCAACCCCUUCACUGUUUUUUCUGCUGUGUAGAUCACUUGUCAAGAACAAGAACUCCAGCAACAAUUUUACAACAUUCAGACAACUUUGGUUUUCCUUUCGUCACUACAGAUGUCAUGUGUCAGAUUCCUCAAAACUGCAACGCUACACAUGUCACUCUUUUGCCUCAGUCAGAAAAAGUGUUUGCACCUGAGCAGAUGUGGCUCCCCAUAAGAAACAAAAAGACCAACGGGAAGGAAAAUAAAAAGUUGCAGUUUGACUUCACAGUCUGUAUCUCCAACCUGUUUGGAGACUACAACAAUGUGCUUCAAUUUGCACAGACUCUGGAGAUGUACAGGCUGCUUGGUGUGAACAGAGUGGUUAUCUAUAACACCAGCUGUGGCCCAGACCUUAACCGCCUGCUGCACAGUUACAGCCAGGAGGGUUUUGUGGAGAUGGUUCCUUGGCCCAUUGACCAGCAUCUGAAUCCAUCUCGUGGCUGGCUCCACUCAGAGCAUGGAGGGGACUUGCACUACUUUGGCCAGCUGACCACGCUUAAUGAGUGCAUUUACAGAUCGAUGGACCGGUCACGCUACGUCCUGUUGAACGACAUUGAUGAGAUAAUAAUGCCAUACCAGCACAAUGGACUAAUGCCUCUGAUGAACAUGCUCGAACAGCAGCAUCCAAAUACAGGGGUGUUCCUCAUUGAGAACCAUAUCUUUCCUAAGCACCAUUUCGAGCCAAGUAAGAAGUUUGACCUACCUCAGUGGAAAGGGGUGAAUGGAAUUAAUAUUCUAGAGCACAUCUACAGGGAGGAGCCCCAAAGAAACAUAUAUCACCCGCAUAAGAUGAUAGUUCAGCCGAGGUUAGUGGAGCAGACCUCAGUGCAUGAAGUGCUCAAAACUUUUGGACGGCGGUACAAGGUUCCACUUGAAGUGUGUCGGAUCAUUCACGUCCGUGUGGCUCUGCAGGGGUCGCUGAAACUCGAGCAGCUCCAUGAAGACAAAAGACUGUGGGACUUCCACGAAAAACUGAUUCCCAAUGUGGACAAGGCAUUGAAGAGAGUGGGGCUGCUGAACUCAGAGACGAAAAGCUCAUGAUUGGAGGACAGACAGCCAGAAUGACACAUGGAAGAUGAUGAAUGAGCACCUUCAACGGCAGGGGUAUUUAAUAAUAUGCUGCUACAAUCGGGGCAGGGGGCAUCUUUGCCAUUGUUUUUUUAAACAUCUUAUUUUACUAAGUGCCACCAUAAAUCCUGGUCUUUUGAACUAUUGAGGAACUGCAGAGUAAUGCAGGUACUAUGUGGUGUAUCUGGUUGUAACCAAUUGCCUUAUGCCAUUUACAUUUUGUUAAUGAUAUGCUUUAAGGCUGAUAUAUACUUCUGCGUCGGAAUGACGCAGACCCCUACGCCAUAGCCUGACGUGCACCUCCAAAAAAUCCUAACUACGUGUCACGGCAACGCGGACCGCAAGGGCUGUGAUUGGUCCGGUGAAAGUGUCAGUUCCUCCAGCAGUUGCUUUAUUUAUUAAUAAUAAACAAAAGGUAUGUGUUUUCUGUUAUUAACGCGCAUAGCGCAAUGCUACAUGCUACCGUGACCGGAAGAUAAACAAGGAUACAGACAGAGACUCCUCUGAAACCACACACACACAGUCACACAAGCAACACGUUCCCUCGACGCAGAACUUCGAAAGGACAACGACGGCGUCGCUCCGACGCAGAAGUAAAAAUCAGCCUUUACUGGAAAUAAUGCUCUCCCCCAGUCUUCUCUGUAGGGAACUGUAUAUCACUGUGGGAAAAAAAGGUCAGAAUUCAGACUUUAAACUCAGAAUUCUGAGAUUAAAGUCAGAAUUCUUCUGUAGUACGAAAGAGGAUUAGGGCCACUGUGACCCCUGACUAAACUCAGAACUCUGAGAAAAAAGUCAGAACUAACUUUUUUUCCCACACUGGCCCUAAUCCUCUCCCGUA